AUGCUGAGGAGUGUGAGGAUCCUGAGGGAUGAAUGUGAGGACCCUGGUGAAUGUGGGGCUCCUGAAGAAUGUGAGGAAUAUGAGGAAUGUGAGGACACUGAGGAAUGUGAGGAUCCUGAGGAGUGGGAGGAAUGUGAGGAUCGUGGCAAAUGUGAAGAAUGUGAGGGUCCUGGGAAACGCGAGGAUGCUAACAAAGGUGAGGAUCCUGGAUGA